AUGUCACUGAGCCCUAAACACUCCACUCCGUUUUCUGUGACUGACAUUCUCAAUCCACUCGACGAAAGUUACAAAAGAGCCGCUGUCGUUGCCUCUGUCGAUGCGAGCGGAUCUCCUACACCACUAGUUACUACAGCGUCAAUCUCAUAUCGCAAUCUCCACAACGAAGGAAACAUGAACGUGCCUGCGACCAACCCAUACAUGGUACCCCAACUGGCCCAUCCGAACUCUUUCGCCAGUCAGUACUGCAACGGUGCCGAACUUUCACACUACGGCACCCAUGUUCGCCAGAACGCAACAGGGUGGUACGGACCAUCCCCAGACCCGCGCUUCGCAAUUUCCCGUUUGAUGGGCUCACCUCCAGGGAUGCCUAUGUCGAACAUGAACAUGUCGACAUUCAGUACCUGCAGCGUGGCCACAGCAGCUGAAACCAAGGCUGUCCAGUUUCCUCUGUCACAGCGACGUAAGCGGCGGGUGUUGUUUACUCAGGCCCAGGUGUAUGAACUGGAACGUCGUUUCAAGCAGCAGAAAUACCUCUCUGCUCCGGAGAGAGAACACUUGGCCAACUUGAUCCAUCUAACCCCUACUCAGGUUAAAAUUUGGUUUCAGAAUCAUCGCUACAAGUGUAAGAGGCAGGCUAAAGAGAAGGCUAUGACCGAGGAGCAAACUCAACAGUCACAGCAACAUUCCGUAAGAAAAGUCGCCGUGCCCGUGUUAGUCAAGGACGGCAAACCCUUUUCGACCAGCUCGGGACACCACGAAAGUAUCACACCAGUUAGUGGCAGAACUAACAGUGGCAUGAGAACAGCAUAUUUACAUUUGUCCGAUCCACAUCAAAUUCAGACUAUUCUUGAAGAUCCUCCAGAUCUGGUCGAGCCGUGUGCACAAAACGCUGUAAUUAGCCGUUCUCACUCUUUCUCACAAUCUGCAGGGGCCUGCGGUCAACACCUUGGUCCCCACAACAAGUUAGAUCUCGGUUCUGGAUUGACUAUGUCAAACAGUAACGUCUGUCCGGCCUACCUUCAGAUUCAAGGUAGAACGUGGUAAGCACAGUCAACAUUACUGACUAAUCCAUUGUGGUUCUAUAU